AUGCCAGAACUCAGCUCAACUGGUACUGAUACGCCUUCCACAACGCCUCCAAUACUCAAAACCAAAACAUCGUUGGCAAAUCUUCAAUCUGACGAACAAAGACGUGUGCUUGACACAAUUGCCCGUGUCCGAAAAUGUGGCUUGGAGGGAACAAUUUCUCUACCUCAAAUCGUCGUUUGCGGAGAUCAGUCUUCAGGCAAGUCUUCUGUUCUCGAAGCUCUAACAGAAAUACCAUUUCCAAGAGACGAGUUAUUAUGUACCCGCCAUGCCACGGAAAUCAUACUGUCGAAUGCACCAGAGGACUCAAUCACCAUCAGAGUUAUCCCCGACCAAGAGCGCCCACAUGCUGAGAAAGUUCGGAUCGGGGCGUUUGAAAAGUCGAUUGAUAGCUUCGAUGGCCUUCCAGAGAUCAUGAAUGAGGCCAUGGAAUUGAUGGGAAUUGGAGUCACAGACGCUGAUACCAAAGCUCCACCUCCAACAUUUUCUCGAGAUGUCCUUAGCAUCGCCUGCGAAGGUCCUGGUCGUCCGCAACUCGCCUUGGUUGAUAUACCCGGCCUGUUUGGAACGGAAAAUAGGGGCACCACAAAUCAGGACAUUGAGCUUGUAUCUCAAAUCACGGACCAUUACAUCAAACAAUCUCGAACGAUUUGUCUUCCUGUAAUCUCUGGUGCGAGUGAUUAUGCCAAUCAAUCGAUUCCGAGCAGAGUGAAAAUUGAAGAUCCCCAAGGCAACCGCACACUCGGAAUUAUCACAAAGCCAGACUGUUCUCCUGAAGGAUCUCCACUUCAAGAUUCUUUCAUUCAACUUGCAAAAAACCAGGAUAUCAAAUUCCGUCUUGGAUGGCAUGUGGUUAGGAAUCGAAAGUGGGAAGAAAGUGGCUUCAACUUGGCCAUGCGAAAGGCCAUAGAAGAGGAAUUCUUCCGCACCUCCAAAUGGAAAUGCGUACCCCAAAAGUCCAGGGGUAUUGAUUCAUUGCGAAAUCGUCUAAGCAAACUCCUCUUCCAACAUGUCAAGAAUGAGUUACCGAAGCUAAAACAAGAACUGGAAGAUAAAUUGGGAAAUGCAGUAGAAGAGCAUGAAAAACUCGGCACUCCUCGAUCAUCAAGCGCAGAUUGCAAGGCAUAUCUAUCCAACCUAAGCCUUGAGGUUCGGGAUACAUGUAAGGCCGCCAUUGAUGGACAUUACGAGGGGGAUUACUUCCGCGACACCGAUCCAGACUUCAAUCUCUCCUCUGCCUCGACCAUACGCAGGACCCGCGCCGCAAUUCAGUCUUCAAACAUCAAAUUUGCUGAUACUUUGCGCACUCGUGGUCACAAAUACCAGAUUGGUAUGCCACAAAUCGCUGGAGAUUUGAGCGAGGACUCCAACGAUGGAGGGUCGUUCGGUGACAGUAAAGUUGGUGGGAAAAAGAAGAGUAUUCAGCCAUUGAUGAUGAAGGAGCAAGCUUUGGAUUGGGUUCGAAAAGCAAUCAUCCGAAACCGCGGCAAAGAGUUGGUUGGUAAUUUCAACCCUCUCACCAUUGGGGAACUUUUUUGGGAGCUCUCCGAGAAUUGGCAAAACCUCGCAACAGCCCACGUCAACGACAGAGCAGAUCUCUGUACGAGAUUUCUCCACAACUUAAUUCGCGAUAAGUGUCCCAAAGACGUGGAGAGUCGGGUCUGGGAGUUCAGAAUGGAAGGCGAACUCAGGGUUCGUCGCCAGGCCGCCCUCGAGGAGUUGGGAAAAUUGAUGGAAGAUCAUCGGAAUUGUCCCAUCAAUUAUAACCAUUACUACACGGAUAACAUCGUGAAGCGGCGCCAGGACAGGCAGAGAAAGGAGCUAGCGAAGCAUGUCAAAGAGGCCACGACAACGGCAACUAAGACCAAUGGUAAAAAUGAAACCACGACCCAUAAAGUGAACAUCGAGCAGGUCGUUGCCAACUACUCGAAAGCUGUCAAUCCCAACAUGGAUACCUUCAGUUGUGAGGAGGCUCUCGAUUGCCUCUUCGCCAUCUACAAGGUGUGUCAGCUUUUCCUCUGUGCCUCCACGUGCACUUGUUUUCAGAGAUUGGUCUACUUACUCUCGCACAGGUUUCGCAAAAGGUGUUCGUCACGAAUGUUACGGUGCAAGUCAUCGAGCGGCAUCUCAUAAAGGGUCUUGAAAACAUCUUUUCGCCUGUCUGGGUAGGCGGCUUGGAACCUUUGGAAGCGCAAAGACUGGCUUCUGAGCCUGUCGGGGUGAAGAACAAGAGGGAGCACCUGGCCGAAAAGAUAGAGAAGCUUCAGGAAGGCCAGGAGAUAUUCAGACAAGUAAUGUGA